ACUCGCAGCGGACCAAUCAGCCACAGUUGUUCCUAAACAAUGUCAUGCUGUAGCUGCAACUCCCGCUUUACCCAGAGACUUGGAGGCUGGAGCUGAUGUGGGUCAGCGGAUCGUCCCCGGAAAGCAAAACUCGAGAUAAGUGUUCUUGCUGAGCUAGACCAGGACUUUGUUUUUUUCGUCCCCAGCGUACCCCAGAAGACGGGACUUUUUUCUCUCUCUCCUUGUUUCUUUUAAAUUACUGAACCGAAACUAAGGAUAUGCUUCAACUUUGAAAGUUUCCCAACCUGAAAUAUGGUUCUAACUGUGCAGCUUUGCACUUUAUUGCGGCGUUUCGCUGCCGUCCAGCCACCGUCUGUGACGAGAUGAGAAGCGAUCCGCCUUAUUCUGGGUAGACUAUAAGAUGGAGACGUUCUUAUGAAGUGGGUUUUACAUGCUUGGGUGAAAUUAAGUUGUUGCCAUCAUUAAUGGAGCGGGUUCUACUUCUGAUAUGCUGCGAGUUGAUCAUAGCCAUCGGUUCCUGUGGUGGAUCUCCGAACCAUAACCAUCGCCCCGUGUGCUGGAGAGCCAUCCUCAGAUGUCAGGGAGAAGCUGAGUGCCGUUACGCGUACGACCAGUACCUCCACGCCUGCGCGUCCGUUAUCAGCGGCGUGCGCAGGAAGUGUCCUAGCCACUGCAUCUCAUCUCUCAUCCAGCUCAACCUGACCCGGCACGGCCCGGAUCUGGAGGACUGCGACUGCGCUGAGGACCCGGUGUGCCGGAGCACCCAGCGAGCGAUCGACCCGUGCGUGCCGCGGACCAGCACCACGGGCUGCACCGAGGCGCGGCUGCAGUGCGAGACAGACCCUGCGUGCAGCUCGGCGAUGGCGGAUUACCUGUUCCACUGCCGGAAGCUUUUCGGGGGCCAGAGGUGCUCGGAGAGCUGCCGCAAAAUGAUCGCCAAAAUGCGCUCCAUGCCGAGGGCGCAGCAGCUCGACGCCUGCGUCUGCGACGGCACCGACAGGAACAUCUGCGAGUACAUCAAGCAGAGGAUGAAGAGUCUGUGCGCGGAGUCCGGCGACAGGUUCGCGGGCAGCGGAUUCGGAGACUCCGAGGAGGACACGGAGGAAGAUGAUAUUUACCAGGAUUAUUAUGUGGAGAACUCCGGUAGUCCAGCUUAUCAAACACAUCUGAAAACUUUGACCUUCAUGGUGGCUGUCGCAGGAUUCAUCUGAAGGACUGUUAUCUGUUACAGUUUUUCCUUUUUUGUUAUUAUGUGGUAAAAUGACAUUCGACCAGGGCCAGUCCAAGGAAUAUGGGGGCCCUGAGCGGAACUCCAUUUGGGAUCCCCACAUGCAGCUAACCCCACAUACCCUAGACAGCUAGGGAGGAAGGCAGAAUUUUUAGUUAAAGGGGUAAAGGUCACCGAAAUGCAUCUUCAGUUCAGACACAGACAGAAAAAAAGAAUCUUGCAUUAAAUAUGAUCCAGUUAACGGUACUUUUAAGCUACAAAGGUGUUCAUUUGGAAUGCAGAAAUGCUGUUCAUACAGUUGAAUCAGAUUUAAAAAGUCAAUAAAAUUCGUGGUUUUGAGUUGCUAACGGUAGUUAGCACCAAAGCUAGUAGCAAUUUCAUUUUAGCAUACUGCGAGUGUUGCUUUACAAAGGGCGAUAAAAAUCAUAUUCAUCAUAUUCUGUGCAAUAAGAACAUUUACCUUUAAACUACUAAAGUCAGCAGCCGUUUAUUCUAUAUUUUUGACUAAAUCGAAUUGUAAGAUUGAAAAUAGUAAUAAAGAAAUGCCACAGGCGAAAUAGUUAAAUGUGUAAUAAUCAGGAUGCUAAAUUAUUUUUGCAGCGGCUGAAAUAAUUGCUUUUCUGCUUUAAAUAAAAGUGAUGCCCGGUACAUUUUGUACAACAUGUGGUGUUUUUAUUUUCUUUUUCAGAGUAAAGUCCAAUUCUCUUAGAACCUCCAGACCAGCAGAGGGCCCUAAGCGGUCAAAACACUUCCUUGUACCCUGGCCUUUCUCUGAAAUAUCAUCUGAAAAUUAGACUCAAGAGCAUUUUUUUUAUGUCUGCGUGUUAAACUGCACAUUUUACAUCAGUGAAACACAAUAUCAUAAAAAAAGAGUUUUUAUAAGAGUUUUUUUUACAUAUAUAUGAACGAGUUGCACUGUUUGGCAAGGUGAGCCCCACCUUUGUACAGCCGUGUGUGUUUCACAGAUGAAGAACGUUUGUGUUGUCUCUACGUGCCUGAAGUUCCAGAGAAAGCCGUCACUUUCCCUUUGAGAGAAACCAAAGUUCAUUUAAACCACUUAAAUGAGUUGCAGCCGCUGGGCAGAUUCUGACAUCUGCUGUAGGAAGCUCUCAGAAUGAUGCACUUGUCUCUGUAAACAUGGAUGUUUGCAGAAGACAGAAGUGUUAAUUCCUGAUGAAUGCAUGUUCAAACAGACCAAAGAAAGGAUAAAUCACGCUGCUGGGGGAUUUGGAGCCAAAAAAGAAGUAGCUCGGCUGGCUAGUUUUGAAUUCACUGCCUGUUUGUUUUAAGACUUCAAAUGCACAACGCUUGGAAGAAAGAAAAAAAAAAUGCUUGUAAUUUGAUGAGAGAUUUUAUGUACCUGUUAAGAACACAGACCCAUGAAUGUAAAACUAUACUG